AUGGCAAACGUGAUCGAGGAUGUUGCUAUCAUUGGCGCGGGCCUUGGUGGGAUGGCUUUAGCUAUCGCCCUCAGUCAAAGAUCCAUCCCGUGUCGGAUCUACGAGAGGAGGAGUGAAAAUUCAGAAACGUUCAACAGCGGGGUGACUUUGGGACCCAAUGGGAGCCGUGUGCUUGAUUCUCUCGGCGUCUUGCAACGCAUUGCACCUCUGAGUUACCAAACGGAAACUCAUACAUUCAAGGAUCCAGACGGCAACACUCUGAACCGCAUCAAUAUCGCCACAAAAGAAAUUUCUGAGUACAAGGGCCAUCGAAUUUACCGCCAGAUCCUGAAACAAGAAUUCGCAGCAGUUCUGAAGGAAUUGAAAAUUCCUGUCGAAUAUGGCGCGAAAUUCGAAAAGGUCGUUGAUGAAUCGGCGGAUGGCAUAGCGUUUCUCAUCAGUGGCCGAGUCGAGCACGCCUCCGUCUUAGUAGGAGCCGAUGGCAUCCACUCCACGGUGCGCAAAUAUCUUACUCCAGCUCUACCCGAAUACGUGGGCCUCGUCUGCAUCUAUGGCCAUUUGCCUACGGAUGAGGUCUCUUGGCUAGCCAAAGAAGCCGAUAAAGCAUGCACGAUCCAAGAUGAACCUGGAGCUCUGUUCAUGAUUCCUGAGGAUCAUGAUGGCUCUGAUUUAAUGGUUGGCCGGCAGUUUCCAUUCCCAGCUCUUGACCGUGCUGGUUGGGAAGCGUUGGCGCAUGAGCCGGACAAACUUUACAAUAUGUUUUGUAAAGACUACGAACAAUGGGGCCCCGCCGGGAGAUCUAUCAUGGACUUGUUGUCAACGAGAAAAGAGGGGCUUCUGCUCUGGCCUUUCCAUCGCAUGCCAAAGUUGUCCAGCUGGGCUUCCUCCGCCGGCCGAGUUAUCAUCAUCGGGGACGCUGCUCACGCACUGCCUCCUUCGUCAGGCCAAGGGGUCAACCAAGCAUUGGAGGACGCCUCCACACUUGCUGGUUUAUUGAAGUCGUUAUCGGGCAAAGCAAAUGCGAACGAAGCUCUACGACUCUGGCACAAACGUCGCCAGGAUCGUAUCGACAUGAUCAUCAAGAUGGCUGAAGAAACAAACGUGAAGAGGUUGCCAAAAGCUGAGAGACUGGCUUUGGAAAAGCGUGGGCCGCAGAGCAAACAGCAGCCGAAGAUCCUGGAGGAUCUUAAAUGGUUGGCUUCACCGGAUAUGGAUGAAGAUACCAUAAAUUAG